AUACCGGACUGCUACAGGUGUUCUGCGCUCAGACCGCCAAAGAGUCAAACCCGUGGGUGUGCUGUCGGAGUCACGGGUGGGAAAUGAUUGAUAGGAGAGGAUAAGGAACUUCAGGUGGACAGAAGUUUAAAGGAUAACUGAAGACGUCACACUGGGCUCAGGGAAGCAGGGAUGCACCAGUUCUGGGCUUUGCCAGUAGCAGUAGUUUGAAGCGCUCCAAGUGACACCAAGUAGGAGAGACUCUAAGCUGCUCGACCAUGAAGAGGAUCAAGCAGAUUGACGUUAAGCAGGCCCUUGCUAUGGCUGGCAGCUUUAACUUCCUGUGCUCCUGUGCUAAAGCGUGCCUGCUCCCCUUCCUCACUCUGUACUUCAGACAGCUGGGCCUGACUCCUGCCAUGACAGGCAUAGUCAUGGGCACCAAGCACUUUAUUACACUGGUGUGGAGCCCCGUGGUGAGUCUGCUCUCCAAACACUACAACAAGAGGCGAGUGGUGAUCUGCGGCUCCGUUGUGUUUUCGGCAGCAGCCGCUCUGCUUCUCCUGCUCAUCCCACCUGCAGAUGUGCAAACACAGACUUGUAACACAUCGGAUUUGAGUGUCGGUCCAACCCAAAGUCCAGCUGAUGAACUGCUUGUGAACAGCACCGGACCUACAGCAUCACACCCGACAAGACCUCUUGUUUCCCAGUCAUUUGUCACUUACCUUCAUAACACACUCGCUGAUACGAAAUCUCCUGUUAUUACAAGUGAAACUUCGCAUCAUCAUCAUCACAAUCAUACAACCAAAUCCCCUCCUUAUGUGUCACAAGAGAAUGAUUCGGUUUUGGUUAAGAACGGGUCCAGAGUGUUUUACACCAGCAGCUCUUUGGGAACUCCAGUGAGGAAUAAGAGGUCUGAGCUGAGAUCAGAGCAGCCCAAGGAGGAGAAAGAGGAGAGCAGUUUGGGCUUCCUGAGCAGCCUGAACACGAUGGACGCUCAGCACCAACUCUUCUUCUUGAUACUCAUCAUCAUGUGUGUGUGGGAGGCUGUGUCAGCCCCUCUGGAGUGGAAUGUAGAUGAUGGCCUGUAUGAAUAUUUAGAUUUCGCGGAUGCCUCGGAUCACUACGGCAGCACCAGGGUGUGGGGUGUACUCGGAGCAGCAUGUGGGGUUGGGGGAACCGGGUUGCUGGUGAGCCAGUUGAGAUGUCUCAUAGCUGCUCAGACCCCCAGGAGUGUGGUGCAUUUCUACUGCUAUGCUGGCCUGGCAUUUCUGGUUUUCCCCCUGGCUAUUUCCCUCCCUCUUUACCUGAACAAGAAGCGAGACAGGACCAGCAGGCUCCUGAAAGCCCUGCAGCUGGUACGUGGCUCCCCCCGUGCUCUGCUCUGUGCCUUCACCACCCUGCUGGUUGGGGUAGCAAAUUCGGCCGUGGAUAACUUCCUCCUGUGGCAGAUGCAGGAUCACGGCAGCAGUGAACUGCAUAUGGGAUUGUCUCUCGCCCUCGCUCUGCUCUCACAGGCCGCCUUCCCUCUGAUGGCUGGGCGAGUCUCCAAACUGCUCAGCCCGGGAAGGAUACUCGCAGUUGGGGCUGCGAGUCUCGGGCUACAGUGCUUCUACUACUCCUUCCUCUGGGGAGCGUGGGCUGCACUGCCUGCUCAGGUGUUGAAUUGUUUCAGUAGCGGAGCCAUCUGGUGGGCCGUGAAGCUCCAGUGCGAGGACGUUGCCACGCUGGCGGCUGAGAGGAGCGUCGGGAGGGUCUAUUCCCUCUCUAUUCAUCUGGGUAGUGGACUGGGGAGCUUUGCCGGAGGGUUUGUGGCGCAAAGCAUUGGGCUGACGUGGCUUUUCAGAGGAGUGGCGAUGGGUCUGAUAGUCUGGUCUGCAUGCCUGCCUCUGCUCCAGUGGAAAGCCCCUCACCAGCGCAGGAUUAACUAUUCUCGCCUGUUAGCAGCUGACGCAAGUGAGGCCAGUGACUCAGAGUCUGAACAGGAAAGAGACUGGCUUGAUAAAGCAAUGGAAAAUGACAGGAGUAACAACAACAAUGAAAGGAGGGUAAACCACUAAAUCACCCGCACUGCGAAAAUACUAAAAGAAGCAUAAUGCAGUUUCAUGAAUAGAAGAAAUUUACUGUCACAAAAUGAAUUCAUCACAUUUUUUCUAUAAUAUGGAAAUAGAAAUCAUCAUUCCCCUCUAGCUCUGCAGCCUCGCUUAAAGACGUGCCACUCUUCAGAUGAUUGAUUUCCCACCCUGACAGGUUUAAUUACAAUCAAAAGUGUUGACUUUACCCACUCAUUACUUUUCCAUCAGAAUUAAAUGUUAUGCCAUCCCAUCUGUCCUUCCAUUUUUAUCAGUCUGCAAGUGUCAGCUGCACAGAAGAAUUUAGGGCUUCGUCUCUGGGCCUCCUGAGCUUUGUCCUAAUGUACAUUUGCAUAAGCAGUUAUUGUUUUCUAAAGCAAACAAGGCAGCAGGAUUAUGGGUGAGCAAAGCAAUUACUCAGUACCACCAGGCAGCUUAAACAGCCCAAGCUAUUAUUUGAAUAGAAGUGGGAAGCUUCUCGAAAGGUGUGUAAACACAAGUCGUGUGCAGAAGGUGAGGACAAACUGUUGCACCACACCCAAACCCGCGGGUUAUCUGCUGGUAAAAUUGCCACUGGCUUCUGUCAGUUAUCACCUUCGUGUUUCCUUCUGGGCUCUAAACUCUGAACUGAUUAGCUGAAAGCUGAAAAUCUUUGUUCGUGUGCUUGGAGUACAUUCAAAAUGUCUUGUGCAAAAAUGACUUGAGUUGUGCAGCCGUUGAGUUAUGCAUACAUAUAGAAGCCACCUGUGUAAGAAUAUGUUUGAUUUGUAUUUGUGCUCAUGUCAUAUUCUCUGUUGUCUGACCACGGCUCUACUCAUAGGCCAUUUAUAAAAGAUGGGUGUGGCCUGUAAAACCUUAUCCCUGAAUUCUUUGCAGUGACCAGCAGGGGGUGACUGCUCUGGUUUUAGAAAAAGGCCAGUUGUAUAGAUGUCUGUAUGAAAGGCAACCUAUUUCUCACCUCAUUUACAGAAAGUGCUUUCCUUAUGAGCCACUGGUCUUAGUUGCCCGUGUCACGUCUUCUCAUUUUGUAAAUUAUGGUCCCAUUUAAAGCAAAAUAGACAAUAAAUCAGGGUAUGCUUUAGACACGGCUUCCUUGUGACUGGUGAGUCUUUACCAGUGUGCAGAGUCCUCAAAUUCCAUCAGAUUCAACUUGCUUAAGUUGGCUGUUCCCAGAUUGCUGAAAUCAAGGCUUUAAAAACCAGUGGGUGGGGUAACAGUGGCUACAUCCAUCUUUUGUAUACAGUCUGUGGGAAUACAAUAGCUGGAAAAAAUUGUCUCCAGUGGAAUUUGUGAAGUGUGAUGUUUUACCUUAAAUUUUGUCUUGAAUUUAUAGUGGUUGGCACCUGGGUGGCUUAGUGGUGGAGCC